AUGCCAGUCACCGACUUCUCCGUUCAAGAGAAAUACGAAUAUCUCAACGGCUUUGACUCAUUCCAUGAGUCAGAGGCCAUUAAAGGUGCACUGCCAGUUGGAGCGAACUCGCCCCAGAAAGCUCCAUAUGGCCUGUAUGCAGAGAAGCUCUCGGGCACAGCAUUCACAGCACCACGACAUGAGAACUUGCAGACAUGGCUCUACCGCAUCAUCCCUGCUGCGUCCCACUCCUCCUUUGAGCCGUUGCGGGAGAAUGGCCCCAAAUCUGGCGGUCAGAUCCACCAGAUCCCCAACCAACUUCGCUGGGAUCCGUUCGACAUCAGCAAUGAUACCGAUUGGAUUAGCGGUCUGAGGCCCGUUGGCGGUGCUGGUGAUCCAGCGAUGAAAACUGGCCUGGGCAUCUUCAUUUUCGCUGCCGGGAAGAGCAUGGACGCCAAAACCGCGAUGUAUUCGUCGGACGGCGACAUGCUCAUUGUACUCCAGCACGGUGUAUUGGACAUCAAGACGGAGUUGGGAAACAUUCUGGUCCGCCCCAAUGAAAUUGCCGUCAUACCGCGGGGCAUUCGAUAUCAGGUCAAUCUUCCGGAAGGCCCUGUCAGAGGUUACAUCCUUGAGCUUCACCAAGGUCACUUCACUCUGCCAGAGCUGGGCCCCAUAGGCUCAAAUUGCCUGGCAAACCCCCGAGACUUCCAGAUUCCCGUUGCAGCAUUCGACGAAGAUGAGUCCGAAUGGUCCAUCGUCAACAAAUUCAACGGGUCGUUCUUUGUCGCUAAGCAGAAACACACGCCAUUCGAUGUUGUGGCGUGGCAUGGGAAAUACUACCCUUUCAAAUAUGACCUGGGUCGGUUCUCAGUCAUCGGCAGCAUUUCAUUCGACCACCCAGACCCGUCAAUCUACACCGUCCUUACAGGCCCGUCUGACCAUCCUGGCACUGCUAUCGCCGACUUCGUUAUCUUUCCACCCCGAUGGCUAGUACAGGAAGACACCUUCCGUCCGCCCUGGUAUCACCGCAACACCAUGUCCGAGUUCAUGGGCCUGAUUUGUGGUGACUACGACGCGAAGACUGGCGGGGGCUUCCGUCCCGCGGGAGCAAGUUUGCACAAUGUCAUGUCCGCUCAUGGCCCUGAUGCAAGCACUUUUGAGCGGGCCUCCAACGCAGAGCUGAAGCCACAGAAGAUUGGGGAGGGGAGCAUGGCGUUCAUGUUUGAGAGCUCACUUAUGAUUGGGGUCACGGAAUGGGGUCUGGAAACUUGCCAGAAGGUUCAGAAUGGUUACAGCGAAGAUAGUUGGUCAAGUCUGGCGAGGCAUUUCAAGCGUCCAGAAUAA